AUGCGUCUGAAUGCGCUGCUAGACUCGACAGCCGGUGCUGCCCAGCAGCAGACGGCCCAGAAUGUCCGCCUCGGGGCGACUCUGCCCGUGCACCGCUCGUCGCGGCCUAGCAAGAAUGCCGACCGCCGCGCGGCCCGCGCGGUCGACAGGCGCCAGAAGGCCAAGCACAUCGCGGCCGCUGCGGCCGACAGCCCCGCCGCGGACCUGGAGGACAUCCUGAAGGAGCGCGACGCGUGCGGGGUGGGCUUCAUCGCCAACAUCCGCCAGGAGAAGUCCCACAAGAUCAUCCAGGACGCCUGCAACGCGGUGGCGUGCAUGGAGCACCGCGGCGCGUGCUCGGCGGACGACGUGUCGGGCGACGGCAUCGGCAUCAUGGCCGAGAUCCCGUGGGCCCUCCUCGCCGAGUCCUUCCCCGAGGUCUCCGCGGGCGGCCCGUACGGCGUGGGCAUGGUCUUCCUGCCGAACGACGACGACCUCGAGGCCCAGUGCGAGGCCGCGCUGGAGGCCGCCGCGCGCGAGGGCGGCUUCGAGGUGCUCGGGUGGCGCGCGGUGCCCGUGGAGCACGACGCCGUCGGCCGCAUCGCCAAGGGCACGCAGCCGCGCAUCCGCCAGAUCGUGGUCAAGUCCACCGAGGGCCUGACCGGCGACGCCCUGGAGCGCGCCCUGUACUUCGUGCGCCGCUCGUGCGAGGCCAAGGGCCGCGCGCUGGGCGACCUGGGCGGGCAGGACUUCUACGUGUGCUCGCUGUCGACGCGCGUGAUCGUGUACAAGGGCAUGCUCAACGGCACGGGCUUCGCGCGCUUCUUCAAGGACCUGCAGAACGACGCGUACGAGACGAGCUUCGCGAUCUACCACCGCCGCUUCUCCACCAACACCAACCCGCGCUGGCCGCUCGCGCAGCCCAUGCGCUUCCUGGGCCACAACGGCGAGAUCAACACGCUGCAGGGCAACCUCAACUGGGUGGCCUCGCGCCAGGGCGACCUCGAGCACCCCGUCCUGGCGGGCCACGAGGACGUGGUCUUCCCGCUGUGCUCGGCCGCCGAGUCCGACUCGGCGAACCUGGACCACGUCGCCGAGCUGCUCGUGCAGACGGGCACGCCCGCGGAGGAGGCCAUGAUGGUGCUCGUGCCCGAGGCCUACCGCAACCACCCGGAGCUCAUGGAGAAGUACCCCGAGGUGGUGCCCUUCUACGAGCACUUCGAGGGCCUCCAGGAGGGCUGGGACGGCCCCGCGCUGCUGGUGUUCUCGGACGGCAAGCACAUCGGCGCGCGCCUGGACCGCAACGGCCUGCGCCCGGCCCGGUACUGGACCACGGAGGACGGCAUGGUCUACAUGGCGUCCGAGGUCGGCGUGCUCGGCGACGUGUUCGACUCGGCGUCGAAGAUCGCGAUCAAGGGCCGCCUGGGCCCCGGGCAGACGGUGCUCGCCAACCUGGAGACGGGCAAGGUCAUGGAGAACGAGGACGUGAUCAAGGCCGUCGCGGCGCGCCGGAACUACGCGGAGCUGGUGACCAAGGGCGUCUCGCGCCUCGAGGACGCCGGCAAGUCGACGUUCCCCGCGGCGCCCACGCUGGAGGCCGGCGCGGCGCUCAAGCUGCAGACGGCGGCGGGCAUGUCGCUCGAGGACGCGCAGCUGAUCGUGGAGAGCAUGGCCGCGUCGGGCGUGGAGCCGACGUACUGCAUGGGCGACGACACGCCGCUCGCGGUGCUCUCGGGCCGCGGGCACAUGCUGGCGGACUACUUCAAGCAGCGGUUCGCCCAGGUCACCAACCCGCCCAUCGACCCGCUGCGCGAGGGCCUCGUCAUGUCGCUCGAGAUGCGCCUCGGCAAGCGCGGCAACCUGCUCAACCCGGACGAGGGCACCGCGCACCAGAUCCUGCUCAAGUCGCCGCUGGUGACCGAGGCCGAGCUGGAGCACAUCAAGGGGCAGGGGGAGGCGUUCGGCACGCGGGUGUUCGACCUCACCUUCGACCAGGGCGACAAGGACGGGCUCGAGAAGGCCGUGGAGAAGAUCUGCGCGGACGUCGAGGCCGCGGUGAAGGACGGGUGCGAGAUCGUGGUGCUGUCGGACCGCGCGGGCGCCGAGGCGGGCGAGCCGCAGGUGCCGAUGCUGCUCGCGACGGGCGCGGUGCACCACCACCUGAUCCGCAAGGGCAUGCGCUCGCAGACGUCGAUCGCGUGCGAGACCUCGCAGUGCUUCAGCACGCACCACGUGGCCACGCUGGUCGGCUACGGCGCGCACGCCAUCUGCCCGUACCUGGCGUACGAGACGUGCCGCCAGUGGCACGCGAGCCCGCGCACGCAGAAGCUGGUCAAGGCCGGCAAGAUGCCCAACAUCACGAUCGAGGCGGCGCAGAACAACUUCAAGACGGCCACCGAGAAGGGCCUGAAGAAGAUCCUGUCCAAGAUGGGCAUCUCGCUGCUGUCGUGCUACCACGGCGCGCAGAUCUUCGAGGCGUACGGCCUCUCGCGCGAGGUGGUCGACAAGUGCUUCUACGGGUCGAUCUCGCGCAUCGGCGGCAUGUCGUUCGCCGAGCUGCAGGAGGAGGCCGUCGGGUUCUGGUCCAAGGCGCACUCGUCGGGCGAGGAGCUCAAGAAGCUCGAGAACUUCGGCUUCAUCCAGUCGAUGCGCGGCCUCGAGUACCACGCCAACAACCAGGAGAUGUCGAAGCUCCUGCACAAGGCCGUGGGGCUGGGCUCCAAGGACGCGCAGCCCGAGGCGUACGACGCGUACCUCGAGCACUUCGCGAACGCGCCCGUGCACGUCCUGCGCGACUGCCUCGAGUUCAAGUCGGACCGCGAGCCCAUCGCGGUGGACGAGGUGGAGAGCGUGGGCGACAUCAUGGAGCGCUUCUGCACGGGCGGGAUGUCGCUCGGCGCCAUCUCGCGCGAGACGCACGAGACGAUCGCGGUGGCGGUCAACCGCAUCGGCGGGCGCUCCAACUCGGGCGAGGGCGGCGAGGACCCCGUCCGCUGGCUCAAGAUGGACGACGUCGACGCCGAGGGCAACUCGCCGACCUUCCCGUACCUGCGCGGGCUCGAGAACGGCGACACGGCGACCUCGAAGAUCAAGCAGGUGGCCUCGGGCCGCUUCGGCGUCACCCCGCACUUCCUGGUCAACGCCGACCAGGUGGAGAUCAAGAUUGCGCAGGGCGCCAAGCCGGGCGAGGGCGGGCAGCUCCCGGGCAAGAAGGUCUCGCCGUACAUCGCGGACCUGCGCCGCUCGAAGCCGGGCGUCCCGCUCAUCUCGCCCCCGCCGCACCACGACAUUUACUCGAUCGAGGACCUGGCGCAGCUCAUCUGGGACCUGCACCAGGUGAACGAGACGGCCAAGGUGUCGGUGAAGCUGGUGAGCGAGGCCGGCAUCGGGACGAUCGCGUCGGGCGUGGCCAAGGCGAACGCGGACGUGAUCCAGAUCUCGGGGCACGACGGCGGCACGGGCGCCUCGCCGGUGUCGUCCAUCAAGCACUGCGGCGGGCCCGUGGAGAUGGGCCUCGCCGAGGUGCACACGUCGCUGACGCGCAACGAGCUGCGCGAGCGCGUGGUGCUGCGCGUGGACGGCGGCAUCCGCAACGGCCGCGACGUGAUGAUGAUGGCGCUCCUGGGCGGCGACGAGUUCGGCUUCGGCACGCUGGCCAUGAUCGCGACGGGCUGCAUCAUGGCGCGCGUGUGCCACACGAACAACUGCCCCGUCGGCGUGGCCUCGCAGCGCGAGGAGCUCCGCGCGCGCUUCCCGGGCGCCCCGUCGGACCUGGUGCACUUCUUCGAGUUCGUCGCGCAGGAGGUCCGCGAGGAGCUCGCGCGCCUGGGCUACCGCUCGCUCGACGAGGUCAUCGGCCGCACGGACCUCCUCACGCAGUCCAAGACCAAGACGCUCGAGAAGACGGCCGGCCUCGACCUGUCGUUCCUCCUCCAGCACGCCGAGCGCACCGGCCUGUCGUCGGACCGCCGCAAGCAGGAGACGCACAUCAACUGCCCGGUCUGCCUCGACGACGAGAUCCUCGCCAAGCCGGAGAUCCAGGCCGCCAUCCAGUCGGGCGGCGACGCCUCGCUGGACGUGGACAUCGUCAACGUGGACCGCGCGGCCAUGGGGCGCGUGGGCGGGGCGAUCGCGCGCCUGCACGGCGACCGCGGGUUCCCGGGCACGAUCAAGCUCAACAUCCGCGGGUCCGCGGGGCAGUCGUUCGGCUGCUUCAUGGUGGGCGGCAUGGACGUGACGCUCGUGGGCGAGGCCAACGACUACGUGGGCAAGGGCAUGGCCGGCGGCGUGCUGUCGAUCCGCCACCCGGAGGACGUCAAGUACGCGCCCGAGGACGCCGCGCUCGUGGGCAACACGUGCCUGUACGGCGCGACGGGCGGCAAGCUGUUCGUCAACGGGCGCGCGGGCGAGCGCUUCGCCGUGCGCAACUCGCUGGCGCAGACGGUCGUCGAGGGCGCGGGCGACCACUGCUGCGAGUACAUGACCGGCGGCACCGUGGUGUGCCUCGGCACCGUCGGCCGCAACGUCGCGGCCGGCAUGACGGGCGGCGUGGGCUACUUCUACGACCCCGCGGGCAACUUCGAGUCGCGCGUGAACAAGGAGAUCGUCAAGAUGCAGCGCAUCCCGUCCCCCGCGGGCGAGGCGCAGCUCAAGGGCCUCCUCGAGGAGCACAAGCAGCGCACGGGCUCGGCCAAGGCCGCGGCGAUCCUCGACAACUGGGACGCCGAGAAGGGCAAGUUCUGGCAGCUCGUGCCGCCCUCGGAGGCCGCCACGCCCGAGUGCGCGCCGCCGGAGCUGCAGGCCGCCGUCGCGGCCUAG